CGCUAAUCUCUUCUCUAAUCUUAAAAAUUUUAAAUAAAAUUUUAGUACAAUUUAAUCUCUCUUUUAACACUCAAGAGAAAGACACCUCAUCUUUUCACAAAAACGUAUAGCUAUAAAGCUAAGCAUACACAGACACCUCUUCUUUUUCUCUCUCUGUUUCUGUAAUUUUGAUCCAAAUUUUUUAUAUUUAUUUGGUCUCAAGAACUCAUGAAGAUUGGCUUUGAUCAACCCUGUGGUUUUGUUUUGUGUUUGAGAAUGGAGGCUUGGUGAUUAGUGCAUAAUUUAAGCAACUUAGCUAAUUUUCGCUGCCGAGUUUGGGCACUGCAAUAGCAUAGCAGUGCCCAUGGAUGCCACGACGAGUGGAACCUCGAGUAUUCAAUACCAUAACAUAGCAACUGACCAGCCCAUUACUACCAUUGUUGUUGCUGCUACGGUACCAACAUUUCAGCGAAAUCAACGGCAUUGUUUCGGGGACUCCACUCCUGGAGAGUUUCCCUUAGCUGCAAAUCCUUCCAUUGUACUUCAUGUACUCACUACGAGUAAUUUGGAUCCUCAAGAUCUUGCAAGUCUAGAGGCGACGUGUUCGUUCUUUAGGCAGCCUGCAAACUUUACCCCUGAUUAUGAAUUGUCCAUAGCAGAGCUUGCAGCUCUGGAUAUGUGCAUACAGAGAGCCAUUUUUAAGCCAAUGACUCUGGAAGAACGUCGAGAUUUGAAACAAAAAUGUGGGGGCUCGUGGAAGCUAGUCCUGAGAUUUUUGCUGGCUGGAGAAGCGUGUUCUCGGAGGGAGAAAUCUCAGGCUAUAGCAGGACCUGGUCAUAGUAUUGCUGUGACAUCAAAGGGAGCGGUUUACACUUUUGGCUCUAAUAGCUCAGGUCAACUUGGUCAUGGAACCACUGAAGAGGAAUGGCGACCUCGACAAAUCAGAUCCCUGCAAGGCAUUCGAAUUAUUCAAGCAGCUGCUGGGCCCGGAAGAACAAUGCUAAUUAGUGAUGCUGGACGGGUGUAUGCCUUUGGAAAAGACUCAUUCGGCGAAGCUGAGUAUGGAGUUCAAGGAACUAAACUGGUUACAGUUCCACAACUGGUCGAGUCUUUGAAAAAUAUAUUUGUUGUGCAAGCUGCAAUAGGAAAUUUCUUCACCGCUGUACUUUCCAGAGAAGGCAGGGUUUACACAUUUUCAUGGGGCAGUGAUGGAAAACUCGGUCAUCAGACUGAGCCAAAUGACGUGGAACCUCAUCCUUUGUUGGGGGCACUUGAAAAUAUUCCGGUGGUACAGAUUGCAGCUGGAUACUGUUACCUUCUUGCUCUUGCCUGUCAACCUAGUGGCAUGACCGUAUACUCUGUUGGUUGCGGAUUGGGUGGGAAGCUGGGGCAUGGGUCGAGAACUGACGAGAAGUAUCCUCGAGUAAUAGAACAACUUCAACAUUUAAACCUUCAGCCUACUGUGGUGGCAGCUGGUGCGUGGCAUGCAGCUGUUGUAGGGCGUGAUGGACGGGUUUGCACAUGGGGUUGGGGACGUUACGGAUGCUUAGGUCACGGGAAUGAAGAGUGUGAGACGGUUCCUCAGGUGGUGGAAGCGUUGAGUAAUAUUAAAGCUGUACAUGUUUCUACAGGGGAUUACACCACCUUUGUAGUUUCUGAUCAGGGUGAUGUGUACUCAUUUGGUUGCGGUGAAUCAGCUAGUCUUGGACAUAAUAAUGCUGCCGCUGCUGCUGCUGCUGCUGCUAAUGCGGAUGGACAGGGAAAUAGGCAUGCUAAUGUACUGAGUCCACAACUCGUAACAUCACUAAAAGAGGUGAAUGAGCGAGUCGUGCAGAUGAGUCUGACAAAUUCAAUAUACUGGAAUGCUCAUACAUUUGCACUUACCGAAACUGGAAAACUUUACGCAUUCGGCGCCGGAGACAAAGGACAGCUCGGAAUAGAACUUGUCAACAACCAAACUGAAAGAGGGAACCCGGAAAAGGUCGAUAUUGACCUAAGUUAGCCUUAGGCUAACUUGCAUACCAAGUUACUUGCAUUACACUCUACAGUUGGUGUCUAGAUUUGCAUUGUACAUAGAAGAAACAGAAUCAGAAAGCAUUUGUGAAGAUUUAAGCUUUUAGGUAGUGGUGAAGGAUCCAAGCUCUUAUUAUCUGCUGCAGCAGAUGAUUUCAAUAUUUAAAAGAAAAAUGUCUAGGUUUAGAGCUUGAUUCUCAACAAGUUAAGUUGUUAAUAGUUUUUUAACAUUUGUGAAGGUUUUUUAAUAACUUAUUUAUGCUAAUUUUUAUUAGUUUGA